AUGCGCGCCGGGCUCGAGCUCACCCUCGACAGCGAGGUGCCCGAGUCCGCCGUCCCAAAGCCUCUCCCCAAGCGCAAGCCGAACGGGAUGUCCGUCGACGUGUCGAUGGGCGGAGGCGCAGCGCAGCCGUCGCCGUCGCCGCAGCAGGGCCAGGCGCAGUACACGCCCGAGCAGCUCGCGCAAUACCAGCAGUACUACGCGCAGUACUACCAGCAGCAGGGCUACGGCCAGGGCUACUACCCGCAGCAGUAGCCGGGCAGGGCCUACCACUUUCGGCAGCCGCGGUGCCGGGCGGAGGUGGGGCCGCGUGGAGCGCGGCCCAGCGAAGAGGAAGGGACUGAUAGAUCGAUUGCGGCUCUCUUUAGGAUUGGGUGCCUCGCGUCACUGAGGCGCGAACCAUGCGGUCUCGCUCUCUGACCAUCUGUGAUCUGAGUUCUGACUUCUGAGACGCAGUCAGAGUCACCGGAUCUGCUUUCGGUUUCGCUAUAUAUAACAUGACAAGCCAAGC